AUGGGGCCUGAGGGAGGAGGCAGCUGCAGCGGCGGAGGCUUGGGAUCGGGAUCAGGUCCGGGCACCCCCCUCCCUUUUUAUUUCCCCACACCCCAUCCCGCGUCCCCCCGGGGCUGCCCCUGGGGAGGGAAGCGGGUUGACCAGUGUGGGGCAGGGGCGGUGAGGAAUUUGCCUCAUCUGUAUGACCAAUGUCCAGUGCUGUUGUCUGUUCAGUCAGAGGCUGGGGGAAGGAUCUUAUCAGAUCAAAACUCCAAGAGAGCAGCAAGUGUGGGUGAUGGGGCAGUGGGCAAGACGUGCCUUCUUAUCUGUUAUGCUACCAAUGCCUUCCCUAAAAAGUACAUCCCAACAGUGUUCAACAACUACAGUGCCCAAAGCACUGAUGAGCACACAGUCAGUCUUGACCUGUGGGACACAGCAGGCCAGGAGGAAUAUGACCGGCUACAUGCCAUGUCCUGUCCCCAGACCAGUGUCUUUGUCAUCUGUUUCUCCAUUGCCGGCCUACCUUCUUAUGAGAAGGUGCAGCACAAGUGGUACCCAGAAGUAUGUCACCACUGCCCUGAUGUGCCCAUUCUGCUCAUGGGCACCAAGAAGGACCUGUGGGCCCAGCCAGAUGCCAUAAGGCAGCUGAAGGAACAGGGCCAGGCACCCAUCACACCCCCAGUAGGGCGUGGCCCUGAGCAACCAUGCCUGAUCCAAGCUGUUCACUACCUAUGCUCUGCACUGCAGCAGGAUGGCAUCAAAGAAAUGUUUGCUGAGGCCAUCCAGGCUGUGCUCAAUCCAACACCACUCAAGUGGGGCUGUUCCUGUUUCCUCUUAUGACUCCCCUCCCCCUGCUGGCCCUGUCCUGGGGCUUGUCAUCUGUCCAUUUUCCUGCCUCCCUUUCCCUUGGCCACCCCCUUCUUCCUCCAGGCCUGAUUGGCUCCUCAUUCUCCCUUCAGCCAUGUGCCCUCCCCCCCAACCAAUGUCUAUGCCUUCCUCAUCAGAGGAAGGGAGAGAGGGAUAGGAGCCAACAUUCCAGCCCCCUUUCUCUGGGCAGUCUUUACAUUCAAUUUAGUGAACAUUUACCAACCUCAUCCUAUGUACAGGGCUGUGUUCAGGUGCUGCGAAUUCAGACAUGAAAAAUGACAGUGCCUGCUCUCCUGGCGUUUACAGUCUAUUGUCCUUCUGUCCCUGGCACUCAGAGCUGAAGAAGUCCUGUUGUGGCAGGAUGUCUGUUUGUGGGGAGGGCCUUUUCCAGCUCUCCUACUCCAUCAUUCCAUCAGUUUUCAGUGAGCUUCCUUGGGCCUCAGGAGACUUUCUGAGCUUCUCUACAUCUAAGGUGCUUCUGGAGACCCAUCCCACUCUGGACAUCCCUGCUCCAGCCUGGCUACCAUGCUCAGGACACACCCCAUCCCUCUUGCCAGGAUAGGACCACAGGAUCCUGAGAAGAGAGGGAGCCAGCCAGCAAAAGCCCACCUGAAGAAGGGUUGAGGAGAGCCAGUUGCCUCCCAAUUCCCCAUUUACAAACCCACCAACAAACUUUGCCCAUAUACUCUGGGGUUCUGAAAGAGGUGGGAGGACUUGUCCUAUCACACUAGCUCCCUCAACCCUUUCCCUGAGUGCAUUAAUAAAACCUCCUUGUCUUAAAAAAAAAGAAAAAUAUAAAAAUGAAAAAAUAAUAAAAUUCAUACAUAAUAAAAAAAGGUCAAGAAUAUCAAAGGAAUUAAUGAAAAAUGUAAAGGAAGGAGGUUUAGCAGUAGCAGAUCUUAAACAAUAUUACAAGGCAGUAAAUAUCAAAUUUAUCUGGUACUCUCUAAGAAACAGAAAGGUGGAUCAGUGUAACAGAGUAGACAAUGCACAAUAGUAAAUGAUUAUAGUAACCUUGUGUUUGACAAAUGUAAAGAGUUAAGCUUUUGGGAUAAGAAUUUACUAGUUGACAAAAAAUGUUGGAAAAACUGGAACCAGUCUGGCAGAAAUUGGGUAAUUUACCAAGAUAAGGUCUAAAUGGUUACAUGACCAAGAUAUAAAGGGAAAUAUCAUAAGUAAAUUGGGAGAAAAUGGAAUAUAUUUUCUCCAAGUU